ACUCCCAAGAUGAGUCUUCGCGCACCCCUCGGCCUGUCACGGCGGGCAUUGCCUGCUCAGAUCGCAAAGUAUGCCGCCUCACAGCAACAGUCCAUGGCCACGGUCGUCCCACCUGUCACCCAGGACAGUACUGGUUCCAAGGGUCCUACUGCUAUGGUAUUCAUGAACAUGGGCGGUCCUUCUACUACUGGCGAAGUCGGCGACUUCCUCAGCAGGCUAUUCGCAGAUGGCGACUUGAUCCCUCUCGGAAGACUGCAGAAUUACCUCGGCCCCCUGAUCUCCAAGCGCCGUACACCCAAGAUUCAGAAGCAAUACGCCGCCAUUGGUGGUGGCUCGCCCAUUCGCAAAUGGUCAGAGUACCAGAGCUCCGAGAUGUGCAAGAUCCUUGACAAGAUUUCGCCCGAAACCGCCCCUCACAAACCUUAUGUCGCUUUCCGUUACGCCGCCCCCUUGACCGAGGAGAUGUAUCAGACACUGUUCGACGACGGUUUCGGCAACGGAAAGGGAGGUAGAGCUGUUGCCUUCACUCAAUACCCUCAAUACUCCUGCAGUACCACCGGAAGCUCCUUGAACGAGCUGUGGAAGUGGCGCCAGAGACUCGAGACCAAGCGCGCAGGCGGCGAGAUCGACGAAGCUGGCGCAAUCACCUGGAGUGUCAUUGACCGCUGGCCUACGCAUGCAGGUCUCGUCGAGGCCUUUGCCCAGAACAUUGAGGCCAAGUUGCUCGAGUACCCCGAGGAGACAAGAAAGGACGUUGUUUUGCUGUUCUCCGCUCAUUCAUUGCCCAUGAGCGUUGUUAACAGAGGUGAUCCUUACCCAGCCGAGGUUGCUGCUACCGUCCACGCAGUCCAGACGCGCCUGGGCUUCAAGAACCCCCACAGACUGGUCUGGCAGUCUCAGGUCGGACCUUCCGCUUGGUUGGGAGCCCAGACCAGCGAUACGGUGACCAACUUUGUCAAGAGAGGCCAGAAGGAUCUCAUUCUCAUCCCCAUUGCCUUCACCUCAGACCACAUCGAAACCCUCUUCGAAGUCGACCAGGAGAUUAUUCAUGAGGCCAACGAAUUGGGUGCAGAUGGCCGCGUCAAGAGAGCGGACUCGCUAAACGGCAGUCCUGUAUUCAUUCAAGGUCUGGCCGAGCUCGCAAGAGACCACCUGAGAAGUGGUGAUGUUGGCAGCAGGCAAUUGGGUCUGAGAUGUCCUGGAUGCACCAGCCAAAGAUGUCUGGAAACCAAGAAAUUCUUCAUGAAGCAAGAGGCAUUGUUGUAAUAAUAGACUCGAUAUGGUUUGAGACUUGUAAUAUUAGCAAAAUCCUGACACACA